UUUGUUGUUGACUUCACAACGUUAGAUCCAUCGAAUUCGCUGCAUAAGUUUACUUUCUGACAGUUUAUCUUGAUUUGUGAAUCAUGUUUGCGAACGUAGCAAGCAUUUACCACCAAGCUCAUGAUGAACUAGUCAAGCCUUCUACACCAAGCCUGGCUGUGUCGCAAAUGAACCCUCCUGUCCCUCAUAUACACCCAAGGGUUGAUUCUGAGUUUUGGCCCAGCCCCCUUACAUCCCUGCCCGUCACCGAGAUCCCCUUACCCGACCCUUCUCCUCAGCCGGCAUAUGUUCCCAUUGUCAUCACAGCUGACUUUGUGGAGAUUGAUCUGAGUGACCUUGAUGAAACAGAAAAACCACAGCCCUCUGUGGAGUCCCAGCAGACACAGUCAUUUGUUGCAGCCUGCUGCUCUUGUGUGUUCAGAUGGAUCCAGAAAUUAUUCGUGUGCUAGAUAAACUGUUUAUAUGGACAUGAAGCAAGAAAUAGCUUAGAACUUGCCGAACUUUAUAUACAGAAUCAAUCCUGUUUAUUACAAUUUGACAAAGUCCUCUCUUAUAUCCAUAAUUUUAAACAUUAGAUAAUAUUAGCAUGUGCUUUGAUUGAAAACAAAGUACUUUUCAAUAACAUUUUUUGGUAAAAAAAACCAUUGGUA